AGCAUCCUGAAUGCCGGAGCAUAGCUAAAAGGACUGAAGCAAACAUUUCACCAUGAGGGACCCACUGACAGAUUGUUCGUAUAAUAAAGUAUACAAGAACCUAAAGGAGUUUUCUCAAAAUGGAGAAGAUUUCUGCAAGCAGAUCACAUCCAUUCUUCAGCAAAGGGCAAAUUUGGAGAUCAGUUAUGCUAAAGGACUUCAGAAACUGGCAACCAAACUGAGCAAAACAUUACAGAGCACAAAGAAAAACUGUCUUGUCAGUGCCUGGGCCUGGGUCUCGGAGGGCAUGAAGUCGGCAGCAGACCUGCAUCAAAAACUUGGCAAAGCAAUUGAGUUGGAAGCAGUAAAACCAACUCAUCAAGUCCUGAGUGCACAUGAAAAGAAGAGAAAAUCACUUGAUAAUGAAGUUGAAAAGACAGCAAAUCUUGUCAUUGACAACUGGAAUCAUCAAAUUAAGGCCAAGAAGAAAUUGAUGGUUAGUACCAAGAAGCAUGAAGCGCUUUUCCAUCUUGUAGAAAGCUCCAAGCAAAUUAUGACCAAGAAGGAGAAGCAGAAGCUCCUCAAUAAACUGAAAAAAUCAACUGAGAAGUUGUCAAAAGAAGAUGAAAAUUACUACCAAAAAAACAUGGCCAGCUGUUCUACCAGACUGAAAUGGGAGAACACACUGGAAAAUUGCUUCCAGAGCAUCCUGGAGCUGGAGAAGGAAAGAAUUCAACUCUUAUGCAAUAACUUAAACCAGUACUCCCAACAUAUUUCUGUUUUUGGCCAAACCCUGACCACAUGCCACACGCAGAUUCACUGUGCCAUCAGCAAGAUAGAUGUUGAAAAUGAUAUCCAGGCUCUCGUGGAAGAAACCGCAGUUUCAUCUACAGAAAAUAAAUCUGAGUUCCUAUUAACUGAUUACUUUGAAGAAGAUCCUAAAAAUGCAAUGAGUAAAGAGCGACAGGCAUCUUCAAUAAAAUCAAAACUGUUGAGACUGCGAAAAGAUAUUGAAAAAGCCUCGCGAGACCAGGAAGGCCUGGAACGAAUGCUGAAAGCAUACUCCAGUCACUCCUCCUUCUCAGACACAGAGAGCCAAAAAAGCACAGCAGCCUUAAUGGACGAGAAUAACUUGAAACUAAACCUUUUGCAAGCAAACGCCUAUAAACUGUCAUCCGUCUUAGCAGAACUUGAGCAGAGACCUCAACCCAACCAUGUCUGUAGUAACUCCAUCUUCAAGUGGAAAGAAAAGCAGACACAUAGUUCUGUAAAAAUAUCUCGGCCUUUUCUGACAAAGAGAUUAGAGAAUGUUGUGAGCAGGUCAUCUUCUGGUGGGCAGAGAAUUCCAAGUUCUUCAUCUACAGCCUCCGGUGUGACCCAGCUCGGCAAUGGUCUUUGCAAGGCCUUAUAUUCUUUUCAAGCCAGGCAAGAUGAUGAAUUGAAUUUGGAAAAAGGUGACAUUGUGACUCUACACAAGAAGAAAGAUGAAGGAUGGUGGUUUGGUUCUUUAAAGGGAAAAAAAGGCCAUUUUCCUGCUGCUUAUGUGGAGGAACUCCCUUCAAAUGCCGGGGACACAUCUUCACAAGCAUAAGCAAGAUUCUGAAGGCAUCGCCUUACACUCUGUAAAUUAUACAAUGUGGUGCAAAUAAAGACAAAUGCUAUGAUCUUCU